UCCCCUUCCGCCGCGGGUGUCAAGGAUCCAACCCGACCAGCGCGCGCGACCGUUGGAUGGGCAAAAAUCCGGGUGGCUUGAUGGGUUGCGAGGUAGGUGGGCAAACGCGUAACAUCCAUCGAUACAGUAAUCUUCCUUGUUGCUUCUUCUGCUCUCUUUCUUGCUUCUCUCCGUCUGUCUCUCUCUCCUCUGACUCUCUGGCGCGUCGCUGCUCCCUGCCUUGGUGUCAGCUUCGCAUUCGCAAUGGGUCUGAUUUCAUUCUGGGCGAGCCUCACUGCGCCACGGGUCCGCGAGAUCUCCAGCCCGACCGAGGACUUCUGGCCGGAGAGAGGCCGACCAACGACUGCUUCGGCUGUACGUGCAUCUCACGGGGACAAUGCUGCUGGCGCCCAGCGGCCUCGAACAUCAAAUGGCGAGAGGAGAAUCGGGCGAUUGGCGCGGAGUCUGAGUCGACCGCGGCGGAAACACCCUGCCGCAUUGAAGGCAGAGGACCGCUCACACACCUCCACAAGUCAUGUCACCUCAAGUCAAAUCACCAAAGACCUGCCCCCCGUACCCACUCUCCCGCCUUUACCCAUCCUCGACCCCGUAGACAGCGACGCCACUCCGCCACCCCAAGACGUCGGCCAGCCAGGGCCGGCCAUCUCCCCCGAGGCCCUCCAAGCCUUGCACAUCUUCGAGCUCGCCGCCGAGCCCAUAUCAUCCGACGAAGAACGGGAGGCCUCCUUCGAGAACCCCCUCAUCCGACGCCGGAGUCUAUCCAGCGCCACUCCCGACAGCAGGGCCCCUCGACCUCUGUCGAAGAAGGCAUCAUGGUUCCGCGUGGGCACCGGAAGAGACAAAGCACUACCUCCCCCUCCUCCGCCAACUGGCCCACUGCCGCCCGUUCCGGGCCCCCAGCAGCAGCAACGACAACAAGAGUACAAAAAACCCGGCACCGCGAGAAGCGACACCUCCGCCCCCGACUCCUCCCCCCAGGUCCCCAGCCUCUUCGACGGGAAGAGCGACACCUCGGCCUCCAGCAUCGCCACCGCCUCCGAAGCCGGCAGUUUUCAUCAGCCUGCUUCCCCGACCAUCGACCAGCGACCGGGGUACAACGGCCGCAACCGAAAGGUCCCAUGUCCCGUCCAGACCAUGCCUGUGCGCGGACACCGCUACAAGGACUCUGCCAUCGUCACGCCGAGGAGCCCGCACACUCCGCUGACGCCGCACACGCCUACAGGCAUUAUGCGAUGGACCAAGCAAACGCAUGAGGGAGAGCAGGAAGGGCUUGGUGUCCACAUGCUACCCGACGAAGAGCAACAGCAGCGUUCGGUGCCGAGUUGGACGAGCAGUGCGCCGCGGAUUGAGAUGGACGAGACUACUCUGCCCUCUUCCCGCUUCGAGUAGGACUGGCACUUGGUGAUUGACAGGGCUGGGUAAUGUGUUUUUUUAUGGCAACGCGAGCUUUAUGAGAAUAGCUUACCGGACCGCCGAUGGAAUACCUGUAUGCGGUUACUGUGACGACUAAUUAUGUAGCAAUGAAAUGAACA